CUACGUUUCUCAAAACAAAAAAAAAACAAUUUUUUUUCCAAAAAACUUCCAAGGGACACGAGGAUAACCAGUUUUAGACGGAGAAGAGAAGAAACAAAGACUUGACAAGCCAAAAAAAAUUAGAAAAAUUUAUAGCAGAGGAAGCAGAGAAUUUUUAAAUCUCCAUCUUUAAUCAAACCAUUUCAUUAUUGUCUUAUCAGAAAAAAAAAAAAAAAAAAAACACCAUAAACUUAUUGAAUUCUGAAUGCUCACACCAGCAAAAAUGGAGACUGUAGAUUUUUCAACGAAAGCUCGUGGUAGAUUAGCAGUUCUUGCAACUCAUCUUUCAACAACACCAGCUGAUUCACCGCUUACUUUCUCUGAUGUUCUUGAGAAAUCGUGUGUUUCAUCUCAAUCUUUGGUUCCCCCACCUCCUAAUUUGAAGGGAUCUAUUACAAUUGUUGAUGAUAGAACUGGGAAAAACUACCAAAUUCCGGUUUCUGAGGAUGGAACUGUCAAAGCUACUGACUUUAAGAAGAUCACAACUGGAAAGAAUGACAAGGGACUCAAACUAUAUGAUCCUGGCUAUCUCAAUACUGCUCCUGUUCGAUCGUCAAUUUGCUAUAUUGAUGGUGAUGAAGGGAUCCUCAGGUAUAGAGGCUACCCUAUUGAAGAGCUGGCCGAGGGUAGUUCAUUCCUUGAAGUGGCUUAUCUUCUGAUGUACGGAAAUCUACCCUCUGCAAGUCAGUUGGCAGAUUGGGAAUUUGCUGUAUCCCAACAUUCUGCUGUUCCUCAGGGAGCAUUGGAUAUUAUACAGGCAAUGCCUCAUGAUGCACACCCUAUGGGCGUUCUCGUGAGUGCGAUGAGUACACUUUCUGUCUUUCACCCUGAUGCUAACCCUGCUUUGAGAGGUCAGGAUCUUUACAACUCAAAACAAGUGAGAGAUAAACAGAUAGUCAGAAUACUCGGGAAGGCUCCAACAGUUGCAGCUGCAGCUUAUCUGAGAUUGGCUGGAAGACCUCCAGUUCUUCCUUCCAACAACCUUUCAUACUCGGAGAACUUCCUUUACAUGCUUGACUCUCUGGGGGAUAGGGCUUACAAACCAAAUCCUCGCUUAGCUCGUGUUCUAGAUGUUCUUUUCAUACUACAUGCUGAACAUGAAAUGAAUUGCUCUACUGCUGCUGCCCGACAUUUAGCAUCAAGUGGUGUUGAUGUGUAUACAGCUCUUGCCGGUGCUGUUGGGGCGCUCUAUGGUCCUCUUCAUGGUGGUGCAAAUGAGGCUGUGCUCAAAAUGCUGAAUGAGAUUGGAAGUGUUGAAAACAUACCAGACUUCAUCGAGGGCGUGAAAAAUAGGAAGCGGAAAAUGUCAGGAUUCGGGCAUCGUGUAUAUAAAAACUACGAUCCUAGAGCGAAAGUAAUUAGGACGUUGGCAGAGGAAGUAUUUUCCAUAGUUGGAAGAGAUCCCCUGAUUGAGGUGGCUGUUGCUUUGGAGAAAGCUGCCCUAUCAGAUGAGUAUUUCAUAAAGAGGAAAUUGUAUCCAAAUGUUGAUUUUUACUCUGGAUUAAUCUACAGGGCAAUGGGCUUCCCAACUGAAUUUUUCCCUGUUCUUUUUGCAAUCCCUCGAAUGGCUGGGUAUUUGGCCCACUGGCGGGAGUCACUUGAUGAUCCUGAUACAAAGAUAAUGCGACCACAACAGGUGUAUACUGGAGAAUGGUUGAGGCAUUACAUGCCCCUGAAAGAACGUAUGGUGUCAUCUGGGGUAGACAAGCUUGGACAGGUCUCUGUUUCAAAUGCAACAAGGCGGCGGCUUUCUGGAUCUGGAGCUUAAGGGGAAACACAUUCCCUUGGGGUUGGAGACGAGAAAUAAAAGAAAGCAGUUCCUGUUUACUUCAAUCAAUAAGGCUAUGGAGGAUAGCAAGACUGGCUAGUUCGGAGGGAAUUUAUAAGGUUUGGUAACUUUCUGUUUGUAAUGCUAGAAAACCAAGUCAUAAUAGUUCACAAUUGCUAAUCUUAAGCAGUUUGGGCGCAGUAGAGAUCCAAGACAUGAGAGCAUGAUGCACAUCAUCCAUCAUGCUUUGUUUACAUGUUCUUUUAUUAUAUCUUUAUGUUUUGUUUAUUCUUUUUUUUAUCAAUGUACUUGUAAUUUUAUCA